GAAAUUACUAUUUGGCGCCAAACGUCAGAUGCAGACAGUGUUUACUUACCACAUUCUUCUGUUCUUUAAAGUUAUAUGCGUUCGCUUCACAUGUUAAAUUCAAAGUGAACCAUUAGAAUCCGAAAUAUGUGGUUUAUACAAAGGAAAAGUGACGGUCAAACUGUUUAUCUGUUGAAUAAGGAAUAUGACGUUGGUAGAAGGAAAUGUACCAUCGAAGUUUCCGACGAUUUGUCCGUUAGUCGGCAACAUUUAAAGCUCACCGUUGACUAUUCCCCCCUAACACAGGUAUCGGGCCAACCAACUUUAAAAAUUAUGGAUUUAGGAUCAACAUAUGGGGUAUUCAUUAAUCCUUCUACAACAAAUACUGGAAAAGUUGAACCAAAAACAUGGGUUAAUUUGGAAGCUGACUCAUCAUUUCAUUUUGGAGUCAAGAAUGAGUGGAUAGUCAAAUGGAAAAACAUCUCUGUGGUGUGUUCGGCUCUUGGAUCUGCUGAGAGAAGAAGACUUAACAAAGAGCUAACCAUGUUGGGGGCUGAAUCACUUUCUGAAUGGCAGCAUGGAAUCACUCACUUAGUAACAGAUAAAAUCAUGCUUACACAAAAGGUAUUAGAUAGCUUACUUGCUGCUAUACCAAUUGUGGUGGUGGACUUUUUUGAGAAAUGGGUGUCACUCCUUGAACAGGAUUCGUACAGUCCUCUACCUGAUGCCUCACAAUACACCCCACAAAUUGGACCAGCUCUCGGACAGUUUGGCAAGCAAAGUUUCAUUCCUAAGGAAGAAAGAAAGUCUCUUUUUCUUGGGAAGACUUUUCUUUUUGCCUCAUCUAAUGAAUUAAAAUCAUCCAUGGCAAUAGCUGCUAAAAGAGCUGGUGGAAACAUCACAAGCGAUUUCGAGGCUAUUAAUACUGAAGGCGUUGUGUUAAUGGAAUGUGCCAAUUCUCCGCCGGAUUAUGCCCGGUUGGUUACGUCGUUAUCGUCUCGUGGAGAACGGUCUAUCCCGCAGAGUGAAAUUGGUUUAGCCAUUCUUUCCUGUUCUGUUGAAAUAUAUUGCAAUCCCCGUGCCCGCCUUGCAAGCGAACAUAGCCAAGGUUGUAGUAAGCCUGCAAAAGCUUCCUUUCAGUGCAGCUUUCGUGAUGAAGAAACUCAACUGGCUACACAACCUUUCAAUCACAAAAAAGAGAGUGAAGAGCCACCUUGUAAAAGAAACAAGAUUGAAAAUCCAACCCCAGAAAGUCAUCAAGUCCAUCAACCACCCACCAAAAGAAUUCAUCUUGAUGAUGAAGCUGCUGCUACCUGCGAAAUUCGGCCUUCUGAUAAAGACAAUGAUGAAAUCCUGAAGAGAAAAAGUGUGAAACCUAAAUCAGGGCCAUUAUGUAGCGGGCGAACCAAUGUCAGUGUCAAGACUGAAGACCGCAAAAACAUUAUGGAUUUAUCCGUCCCACAGAAACUGCAUGCGGAAUUUUUUAGUCGACAAUCGUCUGACUCAUCUAGUACUUUGUCCACCAAUGUAAAUCCUGGUGAAACUAGUCAUUUUCAAGAUACUAGACAUACGACUAAGUCGGAAGUUGGAAAAAGCAUACCUGCAUGUUUACCUAACAAAGCUCGUAAGAGCUUUCGAUCGAAUGAUCAAAAAUUGAAAGCAGUAAAUCAGUCCGUUGUGCGCUCUGCGGGCUUGGAGCUUACAAGCACAUUGCCUUCCAACAGCCAAUUGAAAUCGCUCAGUAGGACAUCUUUAAAUGGCACAAUGGGAAAUGAUCAGAGCAGAAGUCAGUGGCAUGGUUGUAGCAGCCCAGGAAAGUUAAAUACAUCGAAACUGAUUGUAAAAACCAAUCUAGUUCGACCCGAGGUAUUUGAAAAGUCAAGUUCGCAGAAGUCACAAAACCAGCUCAAAGAAACACAGGUUAUUACUCGAAUCAAAUCAAUGAAGAUCGCUUCUCUGAAAGAGGGCAAGUGGACCAAGAAAUGAUCCACUGUACUCGUGUUUGAGGGUUAGGAGUUUAGUUGCCCAGCAAUCAAUUCCAAUGAAAUACAAAUGUUUAACAUU